UGUAUUAAAUAGAUAAUUUUAUAAAAAUCUUGGUUGUCUCUUUUGGUAGGGCAUCACAGUAUUAAAAUAUAUGGAAGCUAAGUAUCCAGGUUGAAAACCGACGUCCAACAUCCCCCACCUUCAGUCCUUUACUGACAUACAUACGUUUCCCCUUAUUUCUCGAUUUGGUUUUGUUUUUCCCAGUGUUAGGUAAAUUGUCUUCCUUAUUUUUGUGUUAAUUGUUAGAUUAGAAUCCAAUCUAAAAAGCAAAUAGCUUUGACUACUUUAUCAUUUCUCAAUAUCUUUUACCCAAUUUCAGUAAAUUAUGAUUGCAGCUCUCAGCUGAAAACUUCCCCAAAACAGUUGAUUUUGCUGGGUUGUUGUUGUUUGAUUUUGGUCAAUUUCAUUACAAAAAUUGAUGUUAGUAUUUCACAUUUGAACACAUUUUGGGAUCUGGGGUUUUCACAAAGAUCCAAUUACACAAAUCACCGCUAAUCUCAUCAAAAAAGAAUUGGGGGUUUUUUCAUUAGGGUUGAUUACCAAGAUUUUGCAUGUCCAGUAAGUCGAAAUCAUAUAGUUCUACAAGAAAGAUGUUUGCAACUAAUGGAUGGUUUUACCCAAUAGUGGGUAUUGCAACAUUAGUUACUUUCAUUUACAUGUCAUUUGGUGGUGAUAUUAACAUUCGAUUUAGUGCGAUCAAGGAGCCUAAUUAUAGUUUUGUGGAGAGGGUUGGGAAUCAGUUUAUGUUGGAUGGAAAACCCUUUUAUGUUAAUGGUUGGAACUCUUAUUGGUUGAUGGACCAUGCUGUUGAUGGGUUCAGUAGGCCAAGAGUGAAAGCAAUGCUUCAAGCUGGAUCUAAAAUGGGUCUUACCGUUUGUCGAACUUGGGCUUUUAAUGAUGGUACCUAUCAUGCUCUCCAGCUUUCUCCUGGUGUGUUUGAUGAGCAAGUUUUUAAGGCUUUGGAUUAUGUGAUUGCAGAAGCAAGAAAAAGUGGGGUCAGGCUGAUGCUAAGUUUAGUUAACAAUUUGAAAGCAUAUGGUGGGAAAACUCAGUAUGUCAAAUGGGCAUGGCAAGAAGGCAUUGGGAUUAGCUCUUCUAAUGAUUCAUUCUUUUAUGAUCCAUCUAUCCAGACUUAUUUCAAGAAUUAUAUCAAGACAGUGCUUACGAGGAAGAAUACCAUUAAUGGAAUUGAAUACCGGGAUGAUCCUGUAAUCUUUGCUUGGGAAUUGAUCAAUGAACCACGUUGCAUGUCUGACCCGUCAGGUGACACUCUUCAAGAGUGGAUCAAGGAAAUGUCUGAAUUUAUAAAAGCAAUUGAUGAGAAACAUUUGGUUACAGUGGGCCUUGAAGGAUUUUAUGGUCCAAAAAGUGCAAAAUCGUCUCUAAACCCGUCAGAAUGGGAAUCUACUAUUGGAACUGAUUUCGUUCGCAACAAUGAUAUACCAACAAUUGAUUUUGCUUCAGUUCAUAUGUAUCCUGACCAAUGGCUUGUUGUGGAUAAUCUUGAAGAAAAGUUAGAAUUUGUCCAGAAGUGGGUGUCAUCUCACAUUGAAGAUGGUGAUAAAGAACUAAAGAAGCCUGUAAUGUUGACUGAAUUCGGGCUGUCAAGCCAGAACAAGGACUUUGAUCCUGCACACAGAGAUAGGUUAUUCAAACUUGUUUUUGAUAUCAUAUACAAGUCUGCAAAAAAGAACGGGUCUGGUGCUGGUUCACUUAUAUGGCAACUCUUUGUAGAUGGAAUGGAUGAUUUUCAUGAUGAUUUCAGUUUAAUCCCAUGGAAAAAGCGAUCAACUUAUGACCUGAUAACAGGACAGUCAUGUAGAUUGGCUGCAAAGCAUCAGCGUUUGAACUUGCAUGGAAGUUUAAGAGAUUUGUGCCGGUGAUCUAAGUAAGAUAAUUAAUGUGCAUGAAAGAGAGAUCAGAAUGUUGUUACUGAUAGCUUAACUAUUACAGUUGCAGAAAGUGUGUUCGUUUUUGGUAUUACAAUGUACACAGAUGAAGAUCAUUGCAUGAGUAGAGAGUUGUGCCACCAUAUUCUCACAUUCAUAAGGACAAAGGAUCGAAGACAGUAACACGGAUUCACACUACGUACGGAAGGAAGUUGAAAAUAGUUUAUAUGUUCUCUUUCUCUUGGAUUAUGUUGCCCGUGGCCGUGAACAAUGAUCAUCUAUGAGCUACAGCUUAUAAAGAAACUAGGACUAGGAGCUGUUUGGAGACAUGAUAUCACAAUGUAUAAUUGUCAAUAGUGAGAAUCUCUUGUUGCCUAGUCAUUUUUGAAAUACAUUUAUCUUUCGCUUUCGUUUGUUGUCUACAUUUUAUUUAUUUAUUUUUUCUUAAUAAAGGAGGGAUUUCGAUUUGUUCAUGCAA